AGCGGCAAAGGUUCGGGCGUAGUAGGCGCAGCGGCGGCGGACGGAGCGGCCGGAGGUGAAGCGGUUCGAGCGAAGUAACAAAGUAACAACCGGAGCGGAACUGGGAGCCGAUCCGGAGCGGCAGAGAAGUUAAGCCGCCCUCGAAGCUAUCCGGGUCGCUCCUUCUUCCCCAUCUCAUUCUCCGGCCUGAUCGCAUCCAGCGUAGCCCUGAGGAUCAACUACAACACGAAGUAGCCCCUCUCCUCUCUCCGCACCGGAUUGGAUCCGGGAGUGAAACGAGCGCCGGGCUCGGGAUGGAGCCGGGAGAGUGAGGCAGGAGUGGGGCGAGCUAAAGGCCGGCACCCACAUCCACCACACGCCCGGCCCGAUCGGCGCAGGCCUGGCCGGCGCACCGGGCCUAAGGCAACUGAGCCAGGCGGCUAGGGCCCAGAGUCCAGAACGAGUGUCCAGUGCGAAAGUCCCGGGGCGACCAGAGCCCGGGCCCUGGAGCCGAAGCCUGCCCCCACAAACUCUCUGCGGGCUGGAUGUAACCUCCACACUCCAUCGAUAGAGGUUCGAGACAGGAUUGAUUCCACAUCGACUUCAGUCCCGACAUUGGAUUGAAAUCUGUACUGAAGAUUGAUUUCGUACUGGAUGAUGAAACUAAAUCUAUAUCUGAUAGAUGCAGCGCUGGAAAAUAAGACAACCGAUAAGCAUCAAAGCCUGAUCAAUAUUGCACUGGAUAAUGAGAUUGAAUAACUGAUCGAUACCACAGCGGAUAAAACCUAAUCGAUAAGUAUCAGGCUGGAAUAUGAAAUUGAACUGAUAAAGUGUCAAUACAGCAGGAGCGGCAAUAACGGGAAGUGUUUUCCGGGUUGAGACUGGGCUCGGUUUCUAGAAUGGGAUUUAGUCCUGCACUUGACUGUGAACCCUGAUAGCUGGUCUGAGGUAUUCCUGACCCACGUAGUUGACCUGAGACCGCGUCAGGCAAACUUGUCUAGGAAGUCUGCAUCGAGAAAUUUUGCAUUUUCUCCUUGAAGUAUUGGUUGUCGAUCAGGUUUUGCGCAAGAAAAAAUGAGAAUUGGAUAAAUUGUAAGAACAGGAAUCAGUGAGAGGAGCCAAAUGAGCGUUACACCGUCCGGGCUGAGUGAGAGGUUUCCCAGCAGAAGACUUCCCAGGCAAGGAAGCAUACUGAACAAGGACCUGUCGCCUGACAAAAAGCAUGACAAAAAGAACUCGGAAAAAUCUCCUCUAUACGAGUUUGACCCAACAGAGAGCUCGUCCAAACAAAAGAAGCCCAGAUUCAAUUGUGAUGAGCAUAAACGUGGGUCCUAUGGUCUAGUUCAGCGCUGUGUCAUAAUCCAGAGAGAUGAAAAUGGGUUUGGCCUGACAGUCAGUGGGGAUAAUCCUGUGUUUGUCCAAUCCGUCAAAGAGGAUGGAGCAGCCGUACGUGCUGGUGUGCAGCAGGGUGAUAGAAUCAUUAAGGUUAAUGGAACGUUGGUCACACAUUCAAACCAUGUGGAGGUGGUUCGAUUAAUUAAAUCUGGGUCGUAUGUGGCUCUCACAGUCCUAGGCCGCCCCCCUGGCUCUCCACAGAUUCCACUGACUUCUGCUGAUGGAGAUGCUGGGGGUAUCUUUUUCUCUGGACAGCAAGGUCAGAUGUCCCCAAAUACAACUUUCUCACUCCACUCUUCAAGCAGCAGCUGCCCCGAGAGGAUCACAAGUCCUAUGCCUGUGGCGGAAGACAAUAUUGUGCAUAACCAGAAGGUUGAGAUUCUGAGGAACAUGUUAGGCACUGAGUUACGACAGCUCGAGCAACUUAAGGAGAAGUACACAAGGAACCCAUCACCACAGGUGCUUCGAGAUCAGCAGGAGGUGGAGAAACACAUUCAGCAACUUCAGGAACAACUCAGCAAAGCGACAGGCUCCUUACAGGAUGGCUCAAGUUCAAUUCGACACUCGGAAACAUUAGCUAUUGUUGAAAGAUCGACUGAAGACACAGGCGACUGGGAGCAUGAUCUUCCAUUGCAGAAUGAGAGUACAGGAUCCGAUAGAAGCCGCAUUUCAUUCGGCCGUGCAGAGUCUAUGAUAAGCAGCCCGUCUCCCCCAUGUGAUGGUCUAUUUCACCGAGACUCUCUGAACAGCAGCCCCAAGAUCUUCCCAAAAGAUGCUGGCAGUUUUUGUGAGAGUAUGGAAGUCGAUGAGAGCCAGGACUGGGAUUCACUGUCCUCAGGGGUCACUCCCCCACGAGUUCCAGUACCAAUAAUUGGUGCUGAAGAUGAUGAUUUUGAUACAGAGGCUGAGCAAAUUGACGUUCAGUGCAGCUGUUUCCAAACCAUCGACCUUGUGAAAUCCAGGCCGGCACAUUUGGUUGCAUUUCUACAUCAUGUCGUGUCACAGUUUGAGGCAGCUCCAUUGCUCUGUUACCUCUAUGCUGAUCUCUACAAUCACACAAACUCUAAGGAUCAUCGACGGAUGUUUCUAGAGUUUUGCCAUCUUUUCUUGGAGAAGGGAUCGAAUCUCAGAGUUCAGGUUCCAGAAUGGAUCAGUGUAGAACUAGAGCGUAGAAAAGGAGAUAUGUCUGAGGAAGUGCAACGUAGCUGUGUGCAGGGGAUGCAGGACAGUGUCCUGCCUGAUGUGCAGACACAUCUGGAAGAUUUCAGGCAAAAGCGGAAUAUGGGAAUGACAAUCGGAGAGAAUGAAUUGGCAAAGUUGGAUGCAGAGCGAAUCCGGGACCGUGUUGCAGCGGAACAGAAGGAACGGGUGUGUGCAGAGCACUUGUUACAGAAGAUUGAAGAGGUCCUUGCGACAUUAUCCCCUUCUGAGGAAGAGAAAAGUAAUUCGGUUGCAGAUGUGUUCUUCAUCUAUAUGAAACACCUUGGAGUGAAAGUGAAGGAAAUGAGGAACCUGGACAGAGAACGCAGAUUAAAAGUCGCAUUCUUUCCAAAGAAGAAGCCAAGUAUAAAGAAAGAGAAGGAAACAGUGAAAGAUGAUGAGAAAAAGAAACGUUUCCAGAGCAUUCUGGACCCGAUCCGUCGCACGAGCAAACAGGAUCGCAGUGCGAUUGAAAAGGCUAAGUUACUCCACCAGAGGCAAAUGGCAUCAUACAUCCGAUCAGCUUCUCACUCUGACCACAGCGAGAGAUCAAAAUCUAUCCAGUUUUUCAACGAGGGAAGUGACACAAGCCAUCAGUCCAUGGUGAUGGGCUCACCAGGCCCGGCUGUGGCCAACACUGUCCAUGAUGGGAUCUCGGAGUGCGACACAGAUUCUGCUUUUACAACACCUACUUCAUUGAAGAUGUUGACAGACAAUUCAUUAACAGGGGAUUCCAGCACUUCUUCACCAAAGUCGACCUUUGAGCUUCCACCCAUGCUGGAUCAGGUGAUGGAGGAGGACAGGGAAUCUGAGAAAAGCCUUGAGACUGCCACACCCCCAUGUACUCCAAAACCAGGUCGACGAGCGGAUGGGCACGGGUAUGGAGUGUGGACCGAGGCCAGUUCUCAGACACAUCCCAUGAGUCAGACAGAGGAAGAUCAAAUGCACUUGUCGGAUGUGGAGCAGGACCCGGCCAAUUGGCAGCAGCUGGUUAGUCGGGAUGUCCUGUCUGGCCUGAAGCCACAUGAGAUCAAGAGGCAGGAAGUUAUUAACGAACUUUUCCAUACGGAGCGGGCUCACAUUCGAAUGCUGAAGGUUCUAGAUGUAAUCUUUUACCAGAAGAUGUUGCGAGAUGGUAGCAUACCUACAGCUGAUGUGAGAAACAUAUUCUCCAACCUCGAGGAAAUCCUGCAGCUUCAUGUUUCAUUAAAUGAACAGAUGAGAAAAGUCUGGAAAAGAAAUGAAAACUUUGUGGUUGAUCAGAUUGGAGAGGACUUGCUAAACUGGUUCAGCUGCUCUGAAGAGGAGAAGUUUAAACGAGCUGCAGCUACUUUCUGCAGCAAUCAGCCCUUUGCUUUGGAACUGAUCAAAUCAAAGCAGAAGAAAGAUUCAAGAUUUCAGGCAAUCAUUCAGGAGGCACAGAGUAACCCGCAGUGCCGGAGGCUGCAACUUAAGGACAUCAUCCCAGCUGAGAUGCAACGUCUGACCAAAUACCCAUUACUCCUGGAGAACAUUGCUAAAAAUACAGAUCCAGAACAGCACGAAGAAAAGAAGAAGGUAAAACAGGCAGCGGAAUGCUGCCGUCAGAUCCUGAACUUUGUGAAUCAGGCUGUGAAGGAGGCUGAAAAUAAACAGCGGUUGGAAGAUUACCAGCGACGCUUGGACCUGUCUAGCCUGAAGCAGUCAGAUUAUCCGCUGAUUGAGGAGUUCCGGAAUCUGGACCUAACAAAGCGGAUCAUGAUUCAUGAAGGGCCUCUGACUUGGCGGGUGAAUAAAGAUAAGACAAUCGAUCUCUACACACUUCUGCUGGAGGACAUAUUGGUUCUAUCCCAGAAACAAGAUGAGCGUUUGGUGUUGAAGUGUCAUAGUAAAAAUCUCGCUGCCAAUGCUGAUACCAAACACAUCUUCAGCCCCAUCAUCAAACUCUCUGCUGUGCUUGUGCGAGAAGUCGCAACAGAUAACAAAGCUUUCUUCGUCAUCUCAACGUCAGCUGAUGGUGCACAGAUCUAUGAGCUGGUGGCCCAGACAGUGUCUGAACGGAAAACGUGGCAGUAUUUAAUCACACAGACUUCGGGAUCGAUAAAGGCACCAAUCCACCAUGCCUCAGAACCACCUACUGAGAGUGAGCAAGAGGAUGAAGAAAAUAUAAGCACAAUCCAGCAAGGUGGAUCAAGGAAAGUCCAAGGAAGGGUGUCGAGCAGCAGUGAUUCAACACAAGGUAAAGAGGUUGAUGACCCACUCGCUGUGAAUAUCUCAGCGUCCAGCAAGCAGAAACAUAGUGCAAUCAUCUCUGCGCAGGAGACAGAGGAGCAGCCCAGGUACAUACAAGACUAUAACAGCCUCCGAAGACCAACUGCAGGGCAGCCCCCCUACAGAAGCACUGAGCUGCACUACUCAAGUCGGGCUCACAGUUCAGUAUCAUCAUUCCCUUAUUCAAGAGCAGAGGCUGCACUAAUAAACCUUCAUUCCUUGAAGCAGAUACUGAUGGUUCAGCUGCUGGGUUCAGAUGACGAGGCCAGCGAUGGGACUUCUGUUCAGCACCUUGCAGAUGAAGACAGUUUAUCACUAAAGCAGGAGACAGAUGGGCCACCUGACACAAUGAUGUGCUUUCAAGGUGAGAUGCCCAACAAAGCACUGCAGCAUCAGGUGGAGAUGGCCAAUGGGACACUGGAAGAAUUGGAGACUGAUACCAGAGUUAGUGAAAGGACUAAAUUUACCCGUCAGUUGACACUGGAAGCGGGUCACAGUGAACGCGUCACAACUGAAGGUCACGGACCAGACUUGGUAGCUGAUGAUGCUGGAGAGAGGUUCUAUGAUGCUCCAGAAGAUCAUUCAGACGAGCGUCGAUCACAAGGGAACAGCUCAAGUCUGAACAAAGAAGAGGAGGCAAGGUCACAAGCCUGCGCAUCAGGGAAUUUCCUAAGCCUAGAUGACUUUCCACAGACUGAAGGGAGCUCCACUGAUGAAAUAGAUAUGUCUGCACUUCCGCCUGAUUAUUCUAUGGUUUGCAUCACCCAAAGCAUUGAGACAAGGGAGAGCAACAGUGUAACUGAUCCUUGUACUGCUGAAGGGUCAGAGGCAGGAAUCAGACAGCUGCUUCCUUCACACGUGCGCAACCAAAUCCUCCAAUUCAUACAUAAUAUCGAGUCUGAUCUGAAGUAUUUAAAGGAGGUGGAGCUGGAAUACUACAGUCAGCAUGACCUGGAAUCCACAGCUUCACAUGAGCCAACAGGAGACAGUUAAUUUAGUUUGUUCCAAAGCGGAAUCAAGCCAGGCUUGGUGAUGAACAUAUGGGUGCUUGGAGAUGACCCCUUGAAGCUCCUGCUAGCUCUGGACUUUGGAGACAUUUGUGGAACUGAUUGUUUGUUCAAAUGAUUUCUGGGUCAUUUUUGGGAUGGUGUAUCAGUGAGUUCUGCCUGUAUUGGUGUGUCUUGCCACUUAUGGGUGCAUCCCAGUUUGGUUGAUGCAGUCACCCUCCCUUGUUUGCGCACAUCUCUUUCAAUUAUAGAACUGAUCUCGCCCUCCGCAUCUCCUAAAACCAAAUGUACAGAAAUCAGCUUAGGGUUUGAUGAUAUCGAGAUGUAUUUAUUUGUAUUCACUUGCUAUGAUAAAUGCAGUUGUUUUGUUAUAAUUUUUAUUUUCAUAGCCUGUAUUAAGCUGAUUUGCAAAUGAAGAUUAAGAUCUGGUUAAUGCAUGGUGUCCAUGUGCUGGGUUCCAACGUUGAGGAGAGUGGUAUAGAUAACUGGGGUGUAUGUGAGAGUUACCAUGCAAUCAGGGUAAGAGUUGCUACACUGCUGGGGUGUGAGAGGAGAAUUUGUGUGUUUGUGUCUGUGUGUGUCUUACUGUACAGCUGGGUUACGAGACAGUAACUACAUAUGAGGUGAAAAAAAAUUAGUUUUUCCAUUGGGUAAGAGGGUUAAUGCACAGAUGCUUCACAGGAUGAGUCAGUUACUGGACUUGGGUUUGAAUGAGAGAGAGAGAGAGAGAAAGUUAGUGCUCAGUAUGUGUGUGUGUGAGAAAGAGCUAGUGCACAGAGAAUGCAAGGGAGAGCAGCUGUAUGGAUUGUGAAAGAGAUGGGGCAGGCAGAGUGUGUGAGAUGGUCAAUGCACUGUCUGCAAGACUUGACAGCACAGCUGGGCUGCGAAAGGGAGUGUUAUUACACAGUUCAUCACUACAGCAAAGCUCCUGAUAGCUAAACCAGGUUCAAGAUUCACAUUACAUCUGCUGUUAUUACCCUGAUCAGGGUUGUGGACCAAAGCUGCUUUGUAGCAAAACCUCCACUCAGAGCAAAGUAUCAGGUGCAGGGACAGUUUAGGGUUUCUCUUGUCAGGAGAACCACUAACUCUCUUAACUUGUCUUUCCUCUGUGCAUGCAGUGUGUUUGCAACAUACAGUUUAUUCUUUGUACUUUAAGUACUUGGCAAACAAAUUCAUCCCUCACAUCCACAUUGCCAGGGCUGUCACACCAUGUUUCCUCUGAUGCUGAUCUCUCACUUGAUACUAUGGUGUUGGAACAAUUUGGUCACAAAAUAGCAGAGUAGGCUUCUGACACACGAUGUUGGAAAUGUUAUGAUGGGUACUGGGUCUGGCCAGCUCCUUUUCUACCAGAAUUUUGUUUAUGUAUGAUUUACAUUUAGAGUAUAACCUCCUGGGGUAGUUCCUGCACACCACAAGAAACUCCUCCUUUUCAGUCAUGUGGCUUCCUGUAUUCCACUGUACAGAAGCGGUGGCUCUUACUAAGCCUACCUGUUAGCUGUUGUUUCCACAGCAAUGUCCAGUCAUAAUUCCUGUCCCUUCUAAACCCAAAAACUGAUCUCAAUGUUUCACAGAGCUCGGAGGAGAAGCUUCAUCUUGGUGAUGCCCAUCAGUUGAAAAUAAGCUGGAAAUCACUGUAAACCCACUUGCUAUUUGGUACAGAUGGUAAAAUGAACACAAAAGCUGUUAACAAGACAGAUACCCUCCCAGUGGAUGUCAGUUCUAACUCUGACUAAAGCAGAUACUUCAGCUCUCCAGUAAAUUUCCUCACACCACUCUUGCUUCAGAGAUGAUGCUGAUUUGGUGUGAGUGCAUGAGCUAACUUUGCAUAUUGCCCCUCACGUAUGUACAGAUCUUCUAGAGCUCCCAUUGUUGCCCUGUACAUCGUUCUGCGCAACACACUAACCCUGCUGCCUCCCCUAAUUAUAGUUUUAUUUGUUUCAAGUUUAUGAUAUAUUUCAAUUGGUUUUAUCUAACUUUGUAAAAUAGCAUCUUGUUUAAGAUUUAGCAAUGACAUUAUGUUACUUGAAAAAAAAGCAAAUAUAAUUCUGUUCUGGGAUCUGGGUUUUAAAGAAAUGUUUCAUUAUAAUUAAAUUGUUUCAGUAUAAUUAAAAAGCUGUUGCAGAAA